UUUGAUUUGGCAAUGAAAUAGGCGCCUGCCCUUGACCUUGACUUGCAUUGCUUGUCUCUUAUAAGGCCAUCUGUCUUAUCCUUCGGCAUUCUGAGUUAUGAAUCCAUCACAACACGAUUUUGUUCCUCCACCUGCCUAUUCAGCACGGGAGUUCGAUACCAAAAUGUCAUUAGCGCGUGCAGCGUCGACGAUAACACAACCGCCUCAGCAGCAGGUGGAAGAGGAGGAAUGGGAGCAGUGGGAUGAUGCCGUAUUCGACGCUGCAGCAAGCUCAGGACAAGCAAUAUCCAGUUCCGACCAUCGACGGGAGAGUCGCGCAGGAUCCAGCCCCACUGCAACCCGCUGGGCGCUCCCUGCUCGACCCGGGGAAGCAGGACCAUCUGUGCCACCUCUCAAGAUACACAAGAAAAACCGAUCGUCAACAGGUUCGUCGUCGAAACAGCGACCCAGUUGGUACGCCGAAGCUGGACUUGAUAGCCAUCAGUCGAGCAACUCCAUGAGACCAGUGUCUCCAGCUGCCCCAGGGUCCUUACAUGCUGUACCUGUUCGCAUUGGCAGCAACGGCCAAGACUACAGCAUCCCGCCGCCACCCUUCACGGCUGUCGGCCCGUCGCUUGAGGGCCCUCCGUUCGAAGAGAUGGACCCGCUUAGUUUCCGACCGAAUCCACCGCCCAGCCGCCCGCCCAGCCGGGCACCAUCUGUUUCCCCGUCCCAGUUCCGGGGCGCCCUACCUCUACCAAGCAUACCGCCAGUGCGACGCGUCUCGCGAGCGGAUCCAGCGGUCGGUCCAGACACGGGGGCCUCACGUAUGAGCUUUAACCCGGCAGUCGCAUACAACAAGCACAAGGAUACCCAGGCUGUUACAAGCGAAUACCAUCCUCCAAUCCAGUCUUUUGAUGCUACUGCUCUCUACCAUUCCUCAGUAGCCUCACAACUCACUAUUGUUCCGUCGCAACGUCCACAGUAAUUCUGCUUCCAUUCAAGACGGACAUGUUGCUGAGUUUCACCCAGAUCCUAUAUCACACCGGCCCGUCCCCCAAGUGCUGCUAGUACGUGCACGAGUUCACACUCAGGGUACACCUGGGCGCCUUGUCCUGUGCCCCCUGUGUCGUCCCGGUAUCACGGAGGACCACCUGUCGACUCUCCCGUGCCAAGGUGGGCCACAUCAGAACAGCAGCUCACCAACAUGUUCAGAUGACUUGCAUACUGGCGGUACUGUGUCUUUGAUUAUAAACAUGUACUUGUUAAACACUAGUUAGCGCCGAUUGGCAACACCAUCUGGUGCAAAUACAAUAAUGUUUGGAUUUUCAAAUUU